AUGUCGCUCGCACACACAGCUGCAGAAUACAUGCUCUCGGAUGCCCUGCUGCCCGACCGCAAGGGCCCCCGCCUCAAAGGACUGCGCCUGGAGCUUCCCCUGGACCGAAUGGUCAAGUUCGUAGCCGUGGGCUUCCCCCUGCUGCUGGUGUCACUGGCCUUUGCCCAGGAGUUCUCCUCCGGGUCUCCCAUCAGCUGCUUUUGUCCCAGUAACUUCAGCAUCCGGCAGGCUGCCUACGUGGACAGUUCUUGUUGGGACUCCCUGGUUCACCACGAACAGGAUGAGUCUGGCCAGUCCAAGACGAAAUCCCUCUGGCCUCACAAGGCCCUCCCUUACUCGCUGCUGGCCCUGGCCGUGGCCAUGUACCUGCCGGUUCUGCUGUGGCAGUAUGCAGCCGUGCCGGCCCUCACCUCGGACCUGCUGUUCAUCAUUAGUGAGCUGGACAAGUCCUACAACCGUGCCAUCCGCCUGGUGCAGCACAUGCUGAAGAUCCGACAGGAGAGCUCGGACCCUGAUGUGUUCUGGGAUGAGCUGGAGAAGGCUCGGAAAGAACGGUACUUUGAAUUCCCCUUGCUGGAGCGGUACCUGGCCUGUAAGCAGCGCUCACACUCACUAGUGGCCACCUACCUCCUGAGGAACGCCCUCUUGCUCCUCUUCACCUCCGCCACCUACCUGUACCUGGGCCACUUUCACCUGGACGUCUUCUUCCAAGAGGAAUUCAGUUGUUCCAUCAAGACAGGGCUGCUACAUGAUGAGACCCACAUCCCUGACCUCAUCACAUGUAGGCUGACCUCUUUGUCUGUCUUCCAGAUUGUCAGUCUCGCCAGCGUAGCCAUCUACACCCUGUUGGUUCCAGUGAUACUAUACAACCUCACACGGCUCUGCCGGUGGGACAAACGGCUCCUCUCUAUCUACGAGAUGCUCCCAGCUUUUGAUCUUCUCAGCAGAAAAAUGCUGGGCUGUCCCAUCAAUGACCUCAAUGUGAUCCUUCUUUUCCUCCGAGCCAACAUCUCUGAGCUCAUCUCUUUUAGCUGGUUGAGUGUCCUUUGUGCGCUGAAGGACACAGCCACCCAGAAGCACAACAUUGACACCGUGGUUGAUUUCAUGACUUUAUUGGCUGGCUUAGAACCCUCAAAACCUAAACAUCUCACCCACGGGAUGUGUGAUGAAAAUCCAUAG